AAGCCGUUUUUCUUGUCUUCUCGGUUUCCACAGAAAACGGAGAACAUGGAAGAGGAAGGCGGCGAAAGCAUUUUGUCUUCAAACGCAAGAUGCGCAAACGCCAAUGGCGACGAAAAGGAAUCGCAGCUCGUCCGUUCUCAGGGAACAGCGGACUCAGCUACGACUCUUCUCAGAUGGAGACGGGGAGGCCUAGAGAAAAGAUGCAAACACACCGUCGUGCAUGUUCGACCGGGCAACUUCUCGGCUUAUUUUCGUCACUUGGAAACACGACAAUACAAAUCCUUGGCUCCUUCCUCGGCGUUUUGUACAGGCACAUUUUCUGCUUCUUCGCGAACACGGAAGUAGCACAGUCGCCCUGUCUUUCUCAGACAGGAACAGAGUCACAGCGGACAGCACAAGAUGCACACAGUCGGCCGGGAAAGUCGGCAUGCCUCAUGUAUCUAUACGCAAAUGCUUAUUUGCAUUCUUAUGUACGCGUAUGCAUGAAGUCAAAUACUCGUAUACGCAUGGUCUUUUAUUGUCGUAUCACACAUUUCUUCAUGCAGAGCAGAUGCCUGCCGUCCAUUUAAGGGUUUGAAAAUGUGUACGAAAGGUUUGUCGCCUAUCGUUUCCAGCUAAACCACCACGUGCAUUUGCCUCUCCCUGCACAGGACUCUCGAUAUCUUAAUCUGGUGAACAUUUCAACGAAACUGUUUGUCACGUCUCCAGUGU